ACAACGUUUAUAAUAUUUUUUUCUGAAAAGCUACAGAAAAAAAUAAUUGGACGAGUUUGAUAAAAAAUGGGGUCCUCAUCUGCAGGAAAGAAGCACAAAAAGGAUAAGAAGCACAGGCAUCGUUCGCGUUCCCUGGAGCGGCGUUCGGGUGUCGAGGAGGAUGAGGUCCAAAUUUUGGACAGGCAUCACAGACACAAGAAGCAUAAGGAACAUCGACACAAGCAUCACAGGCACAGGGAGAGGGAAGGUGGUGAGAGUGGCAGUGGAGGCCGUGCCAGUGAAGUCAUAUCGCUGGAGGAAUCAGAUUCCGAUAGCUCAGAUUGCGUCGAAGUGCCCAUAGAGCAUGCCAAAACCAGGGUCAGAGAGAGGGAGGCACCACCACCCCCUACAAUUAGAGAAAGGGUAAGAGACCGUGAGAGGGAUCGUGAGACGGAAGUCUCUGCUCCGCCACCUCCGCAGAUAUCCAAACAUUUGGACUAUGAGCGUCGUCGUGAGCGUGAGUCGGAUCGUGAGCGAGAGUCUCGUAAGCGGAUGAUGCGUGAAAAAGAACGUCCCAGAGAAAGAUCACGUAGCCAAUCCCCUCCACCGCCAUCAACUUCACGAAGGCGUGACGCGGCACCUCCACCACCAACCAUAUCAUCAUCAUCUUCACGGUCCUAUUCGCCCAUACCCGACAAUGGAGCUGGUGAUGUUCUGUCGAUUGAGGAGACAAAUAAACUUCGUGCCAAGCUAGGUCUGAAACCACUUGAAGUGGAUAGUGGACCAACUAAAUCAUCUUCUGCGGCUUCUAGUCAUGGUGAAUCACAUGCCAAAUCCUCGGGUGAAAAAGAUCUCUCAUCCUACAAAGAUGAAUGGGGUGAAUUUUUGCAUAAACCUGCCGAUAAUAUCAAGGAGAAGAAACAGGCAGAAAAGCUUAGAGAUAAACUAAACCUGCGUAAGGAAAAACGUUUUCUCGAAGAGAGAUUAGCACGGAUCAAAACGUUGGGUGAAUCUGACGAAGAAACCGAUAACACAUCCAAAUGGGUGGAUCGUAAUAAGCGAGUUGUUAAUGAACGGGAAGAGGCAAAGCGAAAGGCCAAAGAGCUAGAGGAGCUAGAUGAGGCAUUCGGUGUAGCCGAAAUGGUUGAAGAGGAAAAGCAAAAAGCUCGCCAGCGUGCCUAUGGCGAUAAUAGUCUAAAAGGUUUACGCGUUGACCACGAUAUGGAUGAUUUCGGUGAGGGACGUACUGUUAUAUUAACCCUUAAGGAUCAGGAUGUACUCAACGAAGAGGAUGGCGACACUCUGGUUAAUGUUAAUAUGCUUGACGAUGAGCGUUAUAAGAAGAAUGUGGCCAACAAGAAACAAAAUCCUCUGAGCUACGGCUAUGAUGUCUAUGAAGAGCAAUACGAUGAACUGGGUAAUCCCAUAGAGCGUUCCAUAUUGGAGAAAUAUGAUGAUGAUAUCGAUGGAAAGCCAAAGAAGCGCAAGAAUUUUGUAAUUGGUGAGAAUGUAGAAGAGCAGCGAGAUCAACGACGCAAACUUCUGGAGAUAAAAACCAAAUUGGCCGGUAAACGUUUGGAAACGUUACAGGACACGAAUUUACAGCUGGCAUCAGAUACAUACAGCACGGCGGAGUUGGCUACAUUUAAGAAACCCAAGAAAAAGAUCAAGAAAUUGCGCCAAAAGCUCAAAGCGGAAGAUCUAGAACAAUUGGCAGAGCCAUCUACAUCUGGUUCUUCAAAUUUUGGCAGUCGUCAUGGACGUUAUCGUGAUGCCGACGAUAUAGAAAUGAAAGACGAGGAACAAGAAACAAAGUCCACGCAAAUUAAAUUGGAACUCGAUGACGAUGAUGAUCUGGAGCGUGUUUUAUCCAAAGCACGUAGACUAAAACAAAAGGAGAAUAUUAUUAAGAAAUCAUUGCCCAUCGAUGUGGCUGCUAUCGAAAGGGAUAUUAAGCCAGAACCCGUACAAGAAGUUAACUCGGCCACAUCGGGUAUCAUAUUGAGUGGUACAGAUAAUAAUAUCGUAUUAAAUGCUACGGCUGAAUUUUGCCGUACUUUGGGUGAUAUACCCACAUAUGGUAUGGCUGGUAAUCGUAAUGAAGACUCCAAUGAUAUGAUGGACUUUGAUAAUAAUGAACAGCAAAUGGAUGAGCAUAUGGAUGGUCAUGGGGAUGAGGCAUCAGUCAGUGGUCAUGGCCAUGGCACAUGGAAUUCUGUUAAUCCAGAUGAAGUAAUGCAACCAGCUGAUUUUGAUAAUCUGGGUGAUGAUUUGGAAGAUCGUGCCAUCUUAGAUGAAGAGCCAGAUGUGGGCGCUGGUGUGGCAAAUGCCUUGAGGCUGGCCCUAUCGAAGGGCUAUCUCGAAAAGGAGGAGAAAAACAGGCCAAGUAAUACAAAAAUGGCCCAUCUGCAGGCCAAGAAUUAUUCCAUUGAAGACAAGGCAGCUGGGGAAGAGGAAAAAGUUGGUCGUCGAGAUCGUUUUCAUUCUGGUCCAAUUAUGGACUUUAAAGACAAGGAGACCUUUAAACCUAAUGUCAAACUGGAUUACAUUGAUGACAAUGGUCGUAUCUUGAAUCUUAAAGAAGCCUUCCGCUAUCUCUCGCACAAAUUCCAUGGCAAGGGUCCAGGUAAAAAUAAGAUUGAGAAGCGUCUCAAGAAAAUGGAACAAGAUGGGUUAAUGAAGACCAUGAGUUCAACAGACACUCCAUUGGGCACUCUGACUAUGCUACAGCAGAAGCAAAAGGAAACUAAAACCGCUUAUGUCGUCCUUAGUGGCAGCAAUAAAACUACAUCUGGUGUCGGUGGCGCACCCAUAGCCAAGUUUAAAUAAGAACACAAAAAGAAAGAAAGGCAAACCAUAACAGGAUGAUUUAUACCAUAACCAAAUGCAAUAGUAACUUCCCAAAAUCCCACAAAAUACAAUACAUACAUACACAACGUCUCAAACCAAAUGCAAAAAAAAAAAAAAAGAAAAAACCUAAUUGAAAAUAUGUCCUGAUUAUAUUUAAUUCAAAUACAAAUGUGAAAACUA